AUGGGUCGGUCUGGAUAUGAGACUACAAACUUAUGGUCAGCCGAAGAUACCGAAACCCCAUACUCAAUUUGUUCCGCCGAUACACCAAACAUUGAAGAAGAGCACCCGUUAUUUAAGUUGAAGGAUUCAUUCCUGCAGGUGGCAAUGGCAGCUUAUAUGCAGGCCAAUGAGCGGGGGUAUCAACAAGACGAGAAUGUCGAAGCAAUUGACAACAUUGAAGCAUCAAUUGAACCAGUUGACCACGAGAAUGAUGCGAAUGACCGUCCACGAAAACGCGGCCGUUUGUCGGAUUGCGCCUCCACAGCUGCCGGGGAAAAGAAAAGCCAGAGAGCAGGCACUAAACGGCGAACGCAGGAUCGACGGCUCUGGCUUGCUUGUCCAUAUGCGAAAAAGGAUCCGGUACGAUAUCGGCGCUGCUACGGGUAUUUUCUUGGUAGGGUCCGCGAUGUCAAGCAACAUCUGGAUCGUUGCCACCGUAAACCGAUAUGUUGCCCAAUAUGUAACGAAAUAUUCGACGACGAAGAUGAGAAGGAUGCUCACAUCCGAUCUCAGAGUUGCACUCGCCGCCCUUCUAUUAAAAUAGAAGGCGUCUCAGAGAAGCAGAGGAAAGAACUUAAACAUAGGGUAUCUUCUAAGCUUUCGGAGGACCAACAGUGGUUUGCCGUCUGGGAUGCCCUUUUUUCUCCACAUCCACGCCCCAAGACGCCCUACCGCGAUAGAGAGCUGUCAGAGGAUUUAUGCGUUUUCCAGGACUUCAUGACAGCCCGGGGACCAGCUCUUCUAGCUGAGUUUUUAGAAACUAGAGGGAUGACGAUUUCAAAUCUCCCUAACGAAGAGAGAGAUUUAGCAACUUUCAACAAGGAAAUACUUGGGGAGGGGUUGCAACUUAUUAUUGACCAGUGGACGGCUGACAGCGCUGCGACCGAACAAAGGAGCGCCACCCAAAGCCUUCGCUCGUCACCGACCGUUGACUCAGGCAUUGCGCUGCAUAUUGACUACUCUAAAACGACGGAGAGAUAUAAGACGGAAAAUCCACCUGGAAGCGACCCUACAAAUUCUAGUCCCGACGAAAAGAAACAUGUCAAAGAUAAUACCCAGCGCAUAGAUAAUGUUUUCAGUAUAGAAGAGAAUACAGGGAGGGGGGCGACCGCAUUUCAGGCCCAUGGUGAACCCGAACACCACACCCAAUCCAUGAUGGACUGGUCUACAAACCUAUCAGAGGAUCUCUCGAUGGAUCCCUCUCAAAAGCAUACGGAAAUACUCAACUCUUUAGAUAUGUCGCAAUUCGGAGUGAUUCCGGAUUAUACCGAGGCAAAUAUAUUUCCUGCGGCAACCGGAGCUGCGGAUCUGCUAAAUUUCGAUAUUGGAUGGCCACCGUGA